UCAAACUCAGGCUGCAGAAGCUGCGGACAGCUUCACAGUGCUGAGACUUAACCCCCUGCCCCACCAGCGAGGCCCAGCACUGAGAGCCCUUAAGUGAACCCCCCAGAGUGGGGCUGUUGGUGAAGAUGGAGGACAGGGCUGCAACUGGUCAGUCAGCUGCUGAGAACUGACCGGAUGGACCCCUGGGAAUUGGCAGUGGAAAUGAUUUUCUUGUUACAAACUCUGCUUGGGGUCCUGGGGAAUCUUUUCCUCUUUUCCCAUCAGUUCUUCCUCAAUUUCACGGGCUGUAGACUGCGGGCCACUGAUUUGAUAAUCAGGAACCUCAUUGUGGCCAAUUUCCUGGUCCUGAUCUCAAGUGGAAUCUGCUAUCCACUGACAUCUUUUGGGGAGUUCCCUGUCAACGAUUUUGGGUGCAAGUUUUGCCAUUAUGCUCGCCAAGUGGGCAGGGGCGUGUCCAUCAGCACCACCUGCCUCCUGAGUGUGGUCCAGGCCAGCACCGUCAGCCCCCCAGGCUCCACGUGGGCGGGGCUGAGAGACAAAGCUCCCAGGUACACCUGCCCCUCUCUCGCCCUGUGCUGGGUCCUGAACUUGGCACUAAGAGCCUCAUAUCCUGUGUUUGUAAGUAGUUCAAGCAAUACCAACUCCUCAAACAGGAAGAAGUUUGGACAGUGUCAUUUUCUUCAUCAUGACAUAAUCUCAAACUUGUUGUUUGCGUCUUUGCACUUGUCCCCCGAAGUCCUGUGUGUGGGGCUCAUGGCCUGGGCCAGCGGCUCCCUGGUCUGCACCCUGUACCGGCACAGGCAGCGCGUCCGGCACCUGCACAGCUCCAGGGCCACCUCGGCGUCCUCCCCCGAGUCCAGAGCCACCCGCACCAUCCUCCCCCUGGUGAGCACCUUUGUCUGCUUUUACCCCCUCUCCUCCAUCUGCCAGGUGUUCUGGCUGUCCUACGACUCUACCAUGGUCCUGGUGCGAGCCAGCUCCAUCAUCGCUGCCUGUUUCCCGACCGUCAGCCCCUUUGUGCUCGUGAGCUGGGACCUGGGCGCACCCCGACUCUGCUCCAGCUGCAGGAGGAAUCCAGAGCCCCUUCCCCUUAGGAGAGAUGGGUAAAUGGUGCAGCACAGACAUCUGAGUGAGAUCACGGCCACUGCUUCCGAGUCCCAAGCCAGACCGCAGUCAACACGGGAGAUGCAGGUGCCACGAUGGCGGGACAUCACCAAGGCCAGCACAGGGUCACUCGUGUCUGUGUGGAGCUCGCACGUCACCGUGCGGUCGAGGUGAUGCAAAGGUGUUUCUGAGAUUGGAGGCGUCGCUGUGCCUUCAAGGCGGACUCCACAAAACCUGGCCCUUGACUGGGUCGUGUUCUCAAGGAACAAAGUGGGUGUGUCAAUCCCACGCUCUUACCGACAGGAGCAUUCGGCGUUUAAUGCAAGUGAAGAUGAAACCUAGUUUGAGGGCGCCUCUGGAGGCGGCGCGGGAUCGGUCUGCUCUUGUGCGUCUGAGUCACUGGGUGCCGGAGGACACCCCAGCCUGGCCGAGGCACUGAGAAGCCUCCGCAGGGCUCAUCUCUCUGAGCAGAUGACCCCUCUGGUGAUUGCUGGCCGGGAAGGCUUCGACUCCAGGCUGUGUUGGAUCUAUGCGCCGAGAUGGGGGGAGGCGAUUCCCCCCCCUUCAGCAGUAGUCGCCGGCCUCGCUUCCUACUCACACAGCAAGUGUGCG